AGCAAAAAGACCAAAUCCGGCGGCAUCUCCUUCUCUAUUAGGCCAUUGGACGCGCCGACACCAAGCUGCCGGGAUGCGUGCCCCCAUCCGCAUUUCGGCAACGUCUCUAGCAUCAAGAUGCAUUGGGGUUGAAAAGACGAUGCGUUCCAAUUUUCUCUUUUGCGCAUUAGUCAUGUUCUUCUCAACUCUCGUAUGCAAUCUCAACACGAGUGUACGCAACCCCUCUCCUGUAUAAUUGACCCAAUAGUAAGACGAAGUAUCGAUGCCCGCCGCAACGGAAUGGGAAGCAAUCGCUUCCCGCCAUCGAUCCAAGCAACAACAGAACAUUCCUCCCGAAUGGAGGCUUCCUGAUGAUCAGCUAGCCAAACUCCAGGGCAAGGGAACUACCGAGGAAGGUCGACUGAUAGCCCGAGAUGUUGCUCAAAAGUCGGCGUUAUUGACCGAAAAGGAACUCGGCAUCACAGGGAAUUACAACGCACGAGAGUUGCUAGACAAGAUCCAUCAAAAGGAACUCACAUCUGAAGAAGUGGCAGUGGCAUUUUGCAAGCGCGCUGCUCUCGCCCAGCAGCUUACUUCUUGCUUGACUGAAAUUUUCUUCGACGAGGGAAUAACGAGAGCUCGAGAACUUGACCAGCACUUCAAGCGUACUGGAGAGCUUCUUGGGCCGUUGCACGGCUUACCAAUUAGCCUCAAGGAUUCUUUCGUCAUCAAAGAUCAUUACGCUACCGUCGGUUAUGUUGAGUUUUUGAAGAGGCCACUGCCUACCUCUAAUUCAGCGAUGGUGGAUCUUCUCGUGGACGCUGGAGCCGUUUUGUACUGUAAAACGAACGUUCCCCAGACAAUGAUGACCGCCGACUCAGAGAACAACAUAUUCGGUAGAACUUUGAAUCCGCACAAGACGAAUCUUACCGCCGGAGGUUCGACUGGUGGUGAGGGAGCUCUUGUGGCAUUCAGGGGCUCAAUACUGGGCGUUGGCUCCGAUAUUGCAGGAUCUAUUCGGAUCCCCUCACUGUGUUGCGGCAUUUAUGGCUUCAAGCAACUUCCCUCUCGCCUAAUUUUUCUUGGCAUCUGCUGUUAGUGAAUGAGUGAGCCUACCACCAAAUUACUAACAGCCGAAAACUCUUCACCUC